CCUCUGGUGUCUUCUUCCCCUCUCGACCUCUUCUAUCUUCUUCCAUCUCGACCUCAAGUUCCUGUGCUUCGGUUUCCUCUAGUCCGGCUCCUGCAAAAUCGGAUCAAUUCCGGAACCCUCCGGCGGUCACCAGGUGAGGUUUUGAACGGAGUACAAGCUGAGCUACUCAAUGUAGUCCUUACUUUUCUGAGCUACUCAUGUGAGAACAUCUGAUAUGGUCAUAAAUUGCACUGGCUGGAGGCGAUGCUCCAUUAGGGCCCCAUUCCCAAGAGCAUCCAUCCGUAGAUUUUGAGAAAUGUCUGAAUAUGAAAAUAUUGUUGGGGGAAAGCUAAAAUUGAAAGGGAAGGCCUUGGAUGUCAAGUCGGGUGGGGUAAAGAAGAAGAAGAAAAAGAAGCACGAGCAUGUAUCUGGAACAUCGCAUACUGAUGAACCAUCUGGAGUUGAAGCAGGUGUAUCAACUGAUCAUUUGAAGGAUAUAAAUGAAGAAGACCAGUUAGGCAAUGAGGGAAAUCAUCCUGCGUAUGAUGAUCAUCUCACGCCAGCAGAGAAGAAAUACAUAGAGCAGCGGGCCAAACUUGAUGUGAAUCUGUUGGCGAAAACCUCCGGUAAGUCACACAGAGACAGAAUUCAGGACUUCAAUCAGUACCUAGCAAAUCUCAGUGAGCACUAUGACAUUCCGAAAGUGGGCCCUGGUUAAUUGAUGUUCUUGCUAGCAACGAGAAAAUGGUAUGCUGCUGAAGGUUAUGCUUUGGCCAGACACUUGCAAUUGCCACAGGCUGGUCCAAGUCCCAGAACCAUUAUGUGUUUUCUUUAGUUCAACACCUGGAGCUUUCCACUUCUGAUGCGGUAUUGUCACUAAUGGCUUUGUAUUAUGUUAUCUCUUGUUGAUUCUUAAUGACUCUUUGCAAACUAUGAAGUGAACUGUUACAUAUAUGAUGUGAACUAUUACAUAGUCAUCCUUCUUGUAACCAGGUAAAUAGGUCCAGCAUGGUGGUCUAUUUGCCCCUUGGUUUGAGCCUGAUUGAUCAAGUAAUGGGCAUUUUUUGAACUGAA